CGUGCAACUUGAAGGGGUCAAUUUCUUCUGUAUAUAAAGUCGAGAUCGCAGCCUCGCGUUAUGCAGAGUUAAUCGUGCAUUUCGAUCGAUCGAUAAUGUUUACUCCGUUAAUCCUCCUCUUACUCGGACAAGCCUAUAUUCUGGGCGCGGAUCCGAUACCGCAAACCGAAGAACCGCACAACGCUUUUUGGUGGGUGGAACAUGUGGUCGUGGCGACCGACCCGAACGAGGAUAUGGCAUGGCUGAGGGAGUUGUUGGAGACCGAUCACGAUUCGGCGGCACGGUGGAUAAGAAAAGCUCUCGAGGACACGCAGAAAGCGAUAAGCUUGUUCGAAACAUGGUUCGCGAAUCGUACCGUGGCUUUGAACGAGCUGAGGGACGAAACGGCGGUCGAGUCCUGGUACAUAGCACAGGCGCUGACUCCCGACCAGGACGCCGAAACGUGGGAGAGCUUGAAGGCGGGUAGAAAUGACACGGAAAUCGCCAUACAGUCGUUGAGAGAAACCUUGACGAACGAUACCCAGGAAAUAACAUCGUCUAUCGUCGAGUUGGACGAGGAUAUGGAAGAGGUGGAAUUUUUCCUGAGACUCUUGAUGAUGCUGGCGUCAACGGCCGACGACAGUAGCGACGUUAGCGACGACGAUUCCUCGUCGGAAUCGAUCGAGGAAAGAUCCUUGUGGAAGAAAGUGACCAAGGCGCGAUCGAACGAUCCCCACAACGCUCUUUGGUGGACGAAACAGGCAUUGCUCACCGACACCGAAAACGAGACGCGCUGGUUGCGAGAGGAGCUGGUGAAAAAUCCCGAGUCGGCGACCGAAUGGAUAAAAGGAGCGCUAGGUAACAUUCGCGAUACCCUGGGCGCCAUGAAAACGGCGCUGGUGAACGAAACCGACGCGCUCAACGAACUGGAAAAUGAGACCAGAGACGAGUUGUGGUACGUUAAUCAGGCACUCGACGAGGAUCAGGACGCUGAAACUUGGGAUAAACUGAAAUCGGAAAGAAACGAUACGGAAAAGGCAGUCGGUUGGAUGAGGAGCAGUUUGACGAACACCACUCAAGAGAUACUUACCUGGUUCAGAGGAUUGGUUACGGAGGAUUUCGACGAACCCGAAUCUUUCCUCAGAUUGAUUUUGGAGGCGGUCGAUUCGGAUGAAAAUGAAACGGCACCGUCGUCGGAAGAAAUGGAAGAUCCUGCCUUCUGGUCGAAACUUUUUGACGCGAAGAACAAACAGAAUACGCCCGUAACGGCGGCGGUGGCUUAAAAUACAAAAAAACAAAAAAAAAAAAUAAAAAAAGAUUCGGCUACUUUUUUCAGUCACAUUUUUACAUGAUUUUUUUUCGUGAGAAUAAGAGAGACAAAAUAACGUGUGCUGAAAUGAAAAAAAGAAUGGUUAGAUAAUUGAAAAAAUAUUCAGUUCGUUCGUCACAACGAUCUUCAAAACUGAAUCCUUCACCUGAAUUUGUACAAAUAGAAUUAAGAAAUAAAAAUUGAAUAAUUCUCGCAACAGAA